GCUCGCUCGCCGGUCCGUGCGCCCGGCUGCCCGCAGGGAGACCCUUCCGAGUGCCGGACCUCUCUCCCUCCUGGAGAUCCUCUCCCCUGGGUGUCUGUCGACGUGGAUGCGAGCAGCCGCACGCCAUGGACCUGGCUGGAUUGCUGAAGUCGCAGUUCCUGUGCCACCUGGUCCUCUGCUACGUGUUCAUCGCCUCGGGGCUCAUCAUCAACACCACGCAGCUCCUCACGCUCGUCCUCUGGCCCAUCAACAAGCAGCUCUUCAGGAAGAUCAACUGCAGGCUGUCCUACUGCAUCUCCAGCCAGCUGGUGAUGCUGCUGGAGUGGUGGUCCGGCACGGUGUGCACCAUCUACACCGACCCACAGGCCUACCCCCUGUACGGAAAGGAGAACGCCAUCGUGGUUCUGAACCACAAGUUCGAGAUCGACUUCCUCUGCGGCUGGAGCCUGGCCGAGCGCUUUGGGAUCUUGGGGAACUCCAAGGUGCUGGCCAAGAAGGAGCUGGCGUACGUGCCCAUCGUCGGCUGGAUGUGGUAUUUCACGGAGAUGAUCUUCUGCUCGCGCAAGUGGGAGCAGGACCGCAAGACGGUGGCCACCAGCCUGCUGCACCUCCGUGACUACCCUGAGAAGUACCUCUUCCUGAUCCACUGUGAGGGCACGCGGUUCACGGAGAAGAAGCACCAGAUCAGCAUGCAGGUGGCCCGGGCCAAGGGGCUGCCCAGCCUCAAGCACCACCUGCUGCCCCGCACCAAGGGCUUCGCCGUGACCGUGAGGUGUCUGAGAGACGUAGUUUCAGCUGUAUAUGACUGUACACUCAAUUUCAGAAAUAACGAGAACCCAACCCUGCUGGGAGUGCUAAAUGGAAAGAAAUAUCACGCAGAUUUCUACGUGAGGCGGAUCCCCAUGGCAGAGAUCCCAGAAGACGAGGACCAGUGCUCGGCCUGGCUCCACAAGCUCUACCAGGAGAAGGAUGCCUUUCAGGAGGAAUACCACAGGACCGGCAUCUUCCCAGAGACGCCCCGGGUGCCCCCGCGGCGGCCCUGGGCCAUCAUCAACUGGCUCUUCUGGGCCUCCCUGCUGCUCUACCCCUUCUUCCAGUUCGUGGUCAACACGGUCAGCAGUGGCUCAUCCCUGACGCUGGCCAGCUUCCUCCUCGUCUUCUUUGUGGCUUCCAUGGGCGUCCGAUGGAUGAUUGGCGUGACAGAAAUCGACAAGGGCUCCGCCUACGGCAACGCGGACAGCAGGCAGAAACAGAAUGACUGACUUGGGGCCGCGGUGUGUGCCUAAGGGAACCUUGGGGAACUGGUGGCCACGGCGCGGGCUCCCUGCAGGCCGCGAUGGCAAACGCGGGAAGAACCAGGCCGCAGGCUCCCCGGCA